CUCGUCGCCUCUUCUAUCCAGACGUUUCCCUCUUCCCCUUUUCUCUCCCCCUCCCCUCUUCUCCUCCCCCGUACCAAACAAACCUCACCGAGUCGCAACGAGAGCGAGAACGAGAACCCCCCAAACGAGAGCGAGUCUCCGGCGAUUACGAGGAGCGCGGGCACGCCAAAGCGGCGAAGCGCGAAGGAAGGAAGGAGGCAGCAGGAUCAGCCAUGGGGCUUGACUACUACAAGAUCCUGGGCGUCGACAAGGGCGCCACCGACGACGACCUCAAGAAGGCCUACCGCAAGCUAGCCAUGAAAUGGCACCCCGACAAGAACCCCAACAACAAGAAGGAGGCCGAGAACAAGUUCAAGCAGAUCUCGGAGGCUUACGAGGUGCUGAGCGACCCGCAGAAGCGCGCGGUGUACGACCAGUACGGCGAGGAGGGGCUCAAGGGGCAGGUGCCGCCGCCGGGCGCCGGCGGGGCGGGCCCUGGCGGCGCGACCUUCUUCUCCACGGGCGGCGACGGGCCGAAUGUGUUCCGCUUCAACCCGCGCAACGCGGAGGACAUCUUCGCUGAGUUCUUCGGCGGCUCCAGCCCCUUCGGCGGUAUGGGCGGCGGUGGCAUGGGCGGCAGCGGCAUGGGGGGUGGGAUGCCCGGCAUGCGGACCGGCGGGACGAGGUUCUCCUCGUCCAUUUUCGGGGACGAUAUAUUCGGCUCUGCGUUCGGCGGCGGCCCGGACGGGUACGGCAUGCACACCGGCGGGCGGCCCGUGAAGGCGCCGGCCAUCGAGCGGAAGCUGCCGUGCAGCCUGGAGGAGCUGUACAAGGGCACCACCAAGAAGAUGAAGAUUUCCAGAGAAAUUGCUGACGCCAGUGGGAAGACAAUCCCAGUGGAAGAGAUCCUAACGAUCGACGUGAAGCCGGGGUGGAAGAAGGGCACCAAGAUCACCUUCCCAGAGAAGGGCAACGAGACGCCCAACACGAUCCCGGCCGACCUCGUCUUCAUCAUCGACGAGAAGCCGCACCCGGUGUUCACCCGCGAUGGCAACGACCUGGUGGUGACCCAGAAGAUCCCGCUGGCGGAGGCCCUGACGGGGUACACCGCUCACGUGACGACGCUAGACGGGCGCAGCCUGACGGUGCCCAUCAGCUCCGUGAUCCACCCGGGGUACGAGGAGGUGGUGCGCGGCGAGGGCAUGCCCAUCCCCAAGGACCCGUCCAGGAAGGGCAACCUCCGGAUCAAGUUCGACAUCAAGUUCCCGGCGAGGCUCACGUCGGACCAGAAGGCCGGCGUCAAGAGGCUUCUUGGACAGUAGAGCGCGUUGUGUUUUGUUGUUGUGUAUCAGACGUUUUUCGUGUUGGACUGUUGGUUGAUCGAAGUGGGGGACGCUGCCAUUUGCAGCGUCCGCGACGACGACGAGGCAGGCCACCAAGUGUUGAACAGCUUGUUGUUAUAUAUGGUUGAGAACUUGAGAUGCAUAGAAUAGGAUUCCUUGUGCUGUGCUAUCUUGGUGGUUGUAUGUUCAUCUCGUAGUCCAUGUCGUAGUCGUUGCAGCUUUGCAAAGGGAGGGAUGGAAUAAUUGUUGAGCACAUACAAAUACUACGUUCUCUGUAAUGUAAGUAAUAGUUAUUGCAACG